CAUCCAACGCCAUAAAACUGAGGUUUCUGACUCCCUCACCGCGCACCUGAAGGCAGCAUCACAAGUAAACAUUUUAUAACAAAUCAUGGCUGCCCCACUGGUCAGGAUUCUCUCGAAGUCUUGCAGACAGAUCUGUAGACCAUGGGGUGCAUCCCAGACUGGAUGGAGAAGCCUGUCCAACAGACCUGCCCCAGAUGUGGUAUCAGACCAGGCAUGUGGGGGGGUCUCCUUUCCUCCCCUUCAGACGUUUUCAGAAGAAGAGAGCAUGAUGAGGGAAGCAGUGAAGAAAUAUGCACAAGAGCGCAUUGCUCCAUUUGUGUCAAAGAUGGAUGAAGACUCUAAAAUGGACGCGGAAGUCAUAAAGUCUCUAUUUGAACAAGGGCUCAUGGGUAUUGAGAUUGAUCCAGAGUAUGGCGGCACUGGUUCAACAUUCUUCUCCUCCAUUCUGGUCAUUGAAGAGCUGGCAAAGGUGGACGCAUCUGUGGCCGUGCUGUGUGAUAUCCAGAACACACUGAUCAACACGCUGUUUACCAAUCUGGGAACACCAGCACAGAAAGAGCAGUACCUCAGCCGACUGUCAACAGAUAUGGUUGGAAGUUUCUGCCUCUCUGAAGCAGAAUCAGGGAGCGAUGCUUUCGCUUUAAAGACACGUGCAGAAAAACAUAAAGACUAUUACAUCAUUAAUGGAUCCAAGAUGUGGAUCAGCAACGCAGAGCAUGCUGGUGUUUUCCUGGUGAUGGCCAAUGUGGAUCCCUCAGCUGGAUACAGAGGCAUCACCUGUUUCCUUGUGGAUCAGGGCACAGAGGGUCUUGAGAUUGGCAAGAAGGAGAACAAACUCGGCCUGCGAGCGUCCUCCACCUGCCCACUCAACUUUGAUAAUGUCAAGGUACCAGAGAAGAACAUUCUUGGUCAGAUUGGUCAUGGGUACAAGUACGCCAUCGGGAUGUUGAACGAAGGCAGGAUUGGAAUUGCUGCUCAGAUGGUCGGGGUGGCACAGGGCUGCUUUGACCACACUGUCCCCUACACCAGACAGAGGGUGCAGUUUGGAAAACGUAUCUUUGACUUCCAGGGCAUGCAGCACCAAAUAGCACACGUAGCAACACAGAUUGAAGCUGCUCGGCUGCUGACGUACAACGCCGCUCGACUGAAAGAGGCUGGGAGACCCUUCAUUAAGGAGGCCUGCAUGGCCAAAUAUUUCACUUCAGAGGUUGCAACCCUAACAACGUCAAAAUGCAUUGAAUGGAUGGGAGGGGUUGGCUUCACUAAAGACUACCCCAUAGAGAAAUACUACAGAGACUGUAAAAUCGGUACCAUUUAUGAGGGCACCACAAAUGUCCAGCUGACCACUAUGGCGAAGUUCAUUGAUAAGGAGUAUGACUACUGAGCCUGCUGUUUGCACUCUGACGUGAUACACUCCAUAUUUCUUUCCUCAGAUGACUUUGGUGGGAUGCGUUGACCGUAGAUCUGCUUUUAUGUUUCUAGAGUUUUGUUGCAGUUUCAGAUGUUUGCCCUCGAUAUCACUAACUCCUACUCUUGAUUUGUAGUUCCCACUGCUCAUGUUACUGAAGUUGUUACAUUUCCCCAACUGUAGGGUGAGGCUGAUCUGGUUUAAUCACUGUUAUCUUAGACCUUUCCAAAAGUGAGGAAUGAAAUAGUGCUAUUUUUUUUCCUAUUUAGAGCUGUACUACUUCCCUUUUAUGUCCUUUUCUUCCUUUUGAUCAAGAUGUGGUGACACAUUAUGAAAUACAUAUCAUAUGUUGCAGUAUAAUUUUUUUUUCUUUUCUUUGAAAGUUUCAGUGCCUUCAGAAGGUCUUCAAUGCCUGAGAUCAUAACUCUUGAGUUUUGUGUCUUUCUUGGUGAAUAGUGUCACGUAGCUGGAUUAUAACAUUUCACUCAUUUAUAUUCUCCAUGAUUACUGUACAGUUCCCCAUUGGGAAAAUAAGGUAGUGUAUUAACUAUACCAACCAGUCUGUCCAUAAGUUUUAUCAAUAAAAUCUAAGUAUCCUGUUGUGUCUUUAA